AUGGUAAAGAUGCCUCCGUCUAACAUGGCAAGCAGUUCGAGCAACACCGCUUUCAUUAACAACCCUGUUCCAGCCCUGAUCGCACGUCGGACCACUGUGCUAGCUCCACCAAGUCUCUCCACGGUCAACCACCUCGAUGGCGUCAACUCGACGACGGCAUCUUCCUCCUCAUCUUCGACUCUAGCAUCCGUGUCCAAUUCACGACCUUCCACCAACGCAGCAGCACCGUCCGCACGUCGACACAGACCAGACCUACAACAGGCGGUCUCACAGCCCACUGCUGCGGUACCCGUCUCGACCCCUGAAAACAUCUCCACAGCUGAAACAUGGUCAUCCGGUCUUCAUCUCAAAGGCAACAGCAGCAGCGGCGCGAGUGCAAGCACGCUGCAUCAGAGAAUUUACUCUGGUGUUGGCAGCGGUGGCGAAGCGGAGGACUUUGUGGUGCAUUCAACGUUCAGAAGCGAUGCAGAGUCGAGAGGCGAUGUGUUGGUCAGAGUGGACGGGGUUGAGUUUUGGGUUCACAAGGACGUGCUGCUGUUCUCUUCGCCGUUUUUCAAGAGUGUAUUGGCGGGUGGGUGGAGCGAGUCCCGCUUGUCGAGGUUGGUUGUUGCGGCCGAGGAGAGCUCGAUCAUCGAGACAGGGGAAUGUUCCUGCCGAGACGCGAGAGCGCCAGACGGGGAGGGCGCUGCACACGUACCAGAAGCAGAGCCGAGUUUACAAACGCAGUUGACAAGCGCGGAGAUGGCUCUGGCUAAUCCUCAGCGCCCCGCCCUCUCGACCAAAGCCAGUAAAGAUUCCGCAACAGAAGAUCCCAGGCAGGACCGACGAGGAACCGAGCUCGAUUCAAGCUUUCAGGAGGCUGAGGAGGCGCGGCGCAGAAGCUUGUUCCGCGCUUCUUACCACACGGCACUCUGGAAUCAGGAUGACGACGCGAGAGCUUCUCCAACGCUUUUUCAGGAUUCCCUUGAGGAAGGGACUUCUCCGACCAGCGAUCAGUCGGAGGUCGAGGAUGCAGACAAGAGGCGCGGCGAGAGCGACCACCGUGAUGCCCUUCGGAGAGAAGAUGUCCAUGAAGCAGCGGACGAGUCGAACAGUGCUGACGAGAGCGAAAUGCAGUGCCUCGAGGAACACACAACGGGAACGCGAUCAAGAUCCAACUCGAAGUGCAUCGCUACACAAUUGGCACUCAGGAAGCUCGAACACGGACAGGACGAACCUCAAGCCCCCACCUCUACGAUUUGUGAACGGGAUCCGGACGAAGAGCCUGCACCACAGCAGCGGAUGGAGUCGCUCGCCACUCCGCCAGUGUCCCGUCGAGCGAGUGACAUCGCUCAUUCCGCACCGACUGCUCUCCUCUGCGAUUUAGAAGCACAUGCGACCGAGGCCGACACUGCAGCCGAUCGCUCGUCCGCAACUGGUCACAGCAAGGGCGCCGCUCUCCCACCUCCCUACAAAGGCAUCAUCUCGGUCGUCGACCUCACCGAAGAAUCCGCUUCCACCUUCCACGACUUUCUCUUCCACAUCUACCCGCACCUCGACCUCUCGGUCACGUGGUACAACUGCGGUCCGCUGCUUCGAUUCUCGGACAAAUUCCAAGUGCCCUUCCUGCGACGUUCGUGCAUCACCUUUCUUCGAGCAGCACUGGCAGGCCGUCCGAUCGAAGCGAUGCGUCUAGCCGAACUUCACAACCUCGACGACCUCUACCGAGAUGCGAGUCGUCACGUCCUCGACAACUUUGCAGCUUGGUUACCGGAUGAGCUGGAAGUGUUGUCGAACGAGACGCUGUUGAAGCUGGAACGCAAGCGGACGUGGUUCUUGGAACGACUGUUGAAGCUAGGGUUGGCGAAUCCGGCGAGGGACUACGAGUGUCAUGCUGCAUGUCCGGAUCCGCAGGCCUGUGCGAGAGCGUUGCACGACAAGUGGCAGAUGGCGUACAAGGCGGCGUUUAGGUUCAGUCCGCCCCAGCCAAGCGUGAUUUUCAGGCACAACCUCGAACAACUUCGGCACACUUGUCGCUAUCACGACAGGGCUUCGACGUGGAAUUGA